UUAGUUGACGUAGUUCAUGCAUUGAUCGUUGAACUGCAGUUUUUCGACAAGAAUUCAAGCUAUUCAUAUUGCAAAACUUUGCUCCGUACCAACUAUUCUAAUUUUUCCGUUCUAAAAUGGUGGGAAAAAAGAUACAGCAACCGGAAAUGCGUACAAUGUACCUCUUGAAACCCGGACAGACACUCGAGAAUAUCAAAGCGUCUGAAAGAACUCGGGCGUUGAUAGUGACGAAGGACACCUUUCAGCGUUUUGUGGAUUAUACUACGGAGGAGGAUAGAAUAGUGGCACAGCAAGAAAGGGAAGCUGCAAAAAUAGCAGCGUUGAAAAAAGCGACUUAUGAAAAAAGUGAAACAUGGCACGUCACAAUAAAAAAUAUUAAAGCGAGACAGAGAGAAGAAUUAUUGUCAAAGAGGCAAAAGGCCGAGGAAGAGAGGAAAGUGUUCGUGAAGGAAAUGACGGAGAAAAAGUUGGCGGAGCGUGCAGAGGUGGUGCAGCAAGCAAGGAGAUUGCUCCAGCAAAAGAGGCCUUUGUGCCGACAGAUUAAUCGCGCUCUUCUCGUCUCCGAGUGUCUUAGGGAACUUGACGACCAAGUGGCGUUUCAAAAGACCAUUAGAGCGAUGGAUAAGGAGCAGGAUAUAAAAUAUGCUAGUAUGAUUAUGACAGACGUUGUAAAAGACGAGGAACAGAAGAAGCAAGAAACGAAGAAACAAAUGAAAAAAAUAAGAGAUUACAGAACAGCGUUGAUAAAACAGCUCGAAGAGAACGAACGGGAUAGUAAGCUAAAAGUAAUGGAGGAAAUGGAAGCUGAAAAACAGGAGCAAAAAAAUAUGACCCGAGAGAUACAACUCACAAAAGAGAAAGAGAUGCAAGAUUUAUUGAACAAAAAGAAGAGAUUCCAGCGAUUUUUCGAGGAAGCGAUAGAGGAGAAGAAGCGAUUGGAAUUGGAAUUAAAGCACAACGACGAAUUGGAGGAUCGUGCGUUAGAAGUGUAUCGGGAGGCUAAAGAUCGGAUACAGAAAAUUCAUAAAUCAUUAGCGCUGAAGGAGAAGGAAGAGAAAGCGCGUCAGACGCAGAUUAUAGUGGGGCAACAUGUUUCAUCCGAGCAAGCUCGCGAGGCUAAAGAGCGAGAAAUCUUGAAAAAAGCUGUCGAAGAGAAAGAAGUUGCCGAGGCGGAAAAGCGAAAAGCGCAAAAGGAACGAGAGGAGAAGAUGCGCGCACUCAUGGAGGAAUAUAAGCUUCAUGACGCGGCUGUAAAGACCAAGCUGAGACAAGAGGAGAAGGAGCUGAAAGCUUGGGAGAUGAUGCAGAGAUUUAAGAGAGAUGAGUAUGACAAACAGACCAACUUGGAAGAACGCAAACGGCAAUGGCAAGAAAAACUGGAAUAUCGCAACGAAUUGCAGAAAGAUAUUGAGGAGAGACGAACCGAAAAAGAACGCGAAAAGGAAGUUCUCGAAGCCGAAGCGACUAAAGCCGCAGAGAGAGCCAAUCAAAGAAUUUUACUUUACAGCAACGAAGUUUUAGAAGAGUCGAAGGGAGCGAGACCGCUUUAUCCGAUCGUGAAAGCCAUAGAGGAGAUUAAAAAGGAAAUGGGGUUAACGCCGAACAAGAAAAAAUUCGAAGUCAACCUCGAGUCAACCGUCGAGGCGGAGCGGCCGAAGAGAAAAUACAGAGCCCGUCGCUGCACUUGCCCGAAACCUGUUCUGGUUGAUCAAAUGUAUUAUUUGCAGUAACUGCCGUUUACAAUAAACAGCGUUAAUCGCGAGUCGUCCGUCCGCAAUUACCACGCAUCCGUCCGAUCAUUAUGCCAUUUAUUCGGGACGCGGGUCAUUUUCACAUCGCAUCGUCGUACAAGUCUCGCGUGUUACGACUCACGCAAAAAUCGGCAGAAACAAAGUUGUCCACGUCAAAACGAAAUUUACCAGCAAUUUACGUACAAAGAAUUCGUCAAGUUGUGAAAGUUGGUGCACUCUCACGAUUCGUUUACUGCGCAGUGGGCACUCGUUAUACAUCACGAACAUUAUACUCCUCUUUCUCGGGGCAAUUAAAUAAGUUAUUUAAUAAGGACAGGUUGUUUAAACAGAUUUCUCGGGGGGUACUUCGUAUCGCGUUUACAUUCAAUUAACAAAAUGUAUAAAUUAAUGUGAAGACAUUACACAUAUGACAUUAUUCAGUAAUAUAGCGUGCGCUUAUAAUGCGAACUAAUUUCUCAUACGAUUGUAAAAUAUGAUUCCUGACAUAAGCAAUACACAAUGUAUCAAAACCAUGUACCGAAAGAAAUUAAUCAAAAUGGCAAGCAAUUUGUUAUCAUAACUUUCAA